UCAAUUGAAGAAGUUGAUGCCUGAAUUCAAUCAGUGACUACAUAUUGCUACAUGUCCAACAAGACUAAACAUGACUUUAUUCUCUAGGGGUCUUGAAUUUAUGCCUCGAAAGUGAGUGCCAUUUACUUUACCCUGCUAUAAAAAUGAGUGAAGAUAACUGCAGACGAAAUUCAAAUUCUGCAUCGGUAAAACAGCCCACGUUUGAUCGUCGAGGCCGCUUCACAUACACGAGUUGCGAAUGAAACGAAUGAACUGCGCUCUACUGCAAGUUUUACUAAUGUAUAUACAAUACCAUUCGACUAAAGUUUUGUACCGUAAAAGACCGUGUUUAUUAUAAGGUUUAGACGAAAUUGAAGAUUUGUAUUCAUUAUCAAUAACGUAUAAAAUGAAUGUGAAAAAUAUUUAUAUUGAAUGUAAUAUAGAAAAUUUUCUCUCACAAGGAGUAAAAAUAGAUUAGUGUGUAACCUUACUACCUUUGUUUUUAAAUACCCAUUCUUACCGGUCAAAUGUUUACUCCCAUCGUUAUCGUUAGUCGUACAUUAACAACUGCUGUAAGAUGCAAACGGCGAGUUGUAGUCACGGGAAUAGGAAUAGUAUGUCCUCUUGGAAUUGGUGUACAAAAUGCCUGGCAAGCUCUCAUUAACUCCAAGUCAGGUAUUACGAAAUUAAGCAAACCCGAAUAUGAAAAAUUACCUUGCAGAGUCGCUGCAUUAGUACCAAAAGGAGAUGGACCUAAUCAAUUAAAUAUUGAUUCUUACUUUUCAAAAAGUGAGUUACGCACAAUGUGUCCUGCUACUGCAUAUGCAUUAAUUGCUACAGAGGAGGCAUUAAAUGAUGCAAAUUGGAAACCAGAAGCUGAAACAGAUAAACAAGAUACAGGAGUAGCAGUAGGGAUUGGAAUGAUAGAUUUGGUAGAUGUAUGCACAACAUAUGAAGCUUUAAAGAAGGGAUAUAACAAAGUCAGUCCAUAUUUUAUACCAAGAAUAUUACCAAAUAUGGCUGCUGGACAGAUUAGCAUUAAAUAUGGCUUUCGUGGACCAAAUCAUUCUGUAUCAACAGCAUGUGCAACUGGAGCACAUGCAAUUGGUGAUGCAUCUCGUUUUAUUCGUGGUGGGGAAACAAGUGUAAUGGUAUGUGGAGGAGCAGAAGCAUGCAUUAGCCCUCUUGCUAUAGCUGCCUUCUGUAGACUUAGAGCAUUAAGCACUAGUAAAAAUGAUUUUCCAUAUGAAGCAUCAAGGCCGUUUGAUAAAAACAGAGAUGGGUUUGUAAUGGGAGAAGGUGCUGCCAUAUUAGUAUUGGAAGAGUUAAAUCAUGCACUUGAAAGAAAUGCUAAGAUUUAUGGAGAAGUAUUAGGAUAUGGGUUAUCUGGUGAUGCAGCACAUUUAACUGCACCCAGUGAAGAUGGUACUGGUGCUAUACUAGCUAUGGAUAGAGCUGUGAAAGAUGCUGGUAUAGAAACUGUAGAAAUUACUUUUAUCAAUGCCCAUGCAACCUCUACUCCUUUGGGUGAUGCUAUUGAACUAAAAGCUAUAGAAUCAUUUCUAGGGCAACAUAGUAAAAAUGUCACUGUGUCUAGUACAAAAGGUGCUCAUGGUCAUUUGCUGGGAGCAGCAGGAAAUUUAGAAGCUAUUUUUACUAUUCUAGCAAUAAGAGAUGGCAUAAUCCCGCCAACAUUAAACUUGCAUAAUUUAGAUGUAGAAACGAAUUUAAAUUUUGUUCCUAAUGUAAAAAAGAGCUGGAAUUCAACUUCAAAGCGGGUAGCUCUAAAAAAUGCUUUUGGUUUUGGAGGGACAAAUGCGUGCUUAUGUUUUGCACAAUACAACGAAUAAACGCAUUACUACGAAACUACGAUACUUCUGUAAAUCAUAAUAACAAACACAACAUAACAUGAACUAGUCAUUCCUCAAUGUACAUUAAUUAAUACAUACACUGUAUCUGCAAGAAACAUAUGCAUAAUUUUACUCCUUUAUGGUGAUAUAAAAUAAUAUUAAGCUACGAUAUAAUAGCUCAAAUAUUUUUUAAUAUUUUUGUGUAGUAUACGACACAAAACUCAUGUAAUAUAUUAUGUAAAGAAAGACAUUUUUAUAUUAUGUAUUAUUUGUAAAAGAUUGUACAGAGAAAUGUAAUUUGAAAUUAUAUAAUACAUAGUGGAAUGCAAUA